CGCCAAUAAAGGACAGGCAAGCUCGCGGUGGCCCCAGUCUACAGAUUAUUUUGCUGCCAGCCAUGUCUCUCUGUGCAAUGUCCAAGACAGUUUUGAUGGCCGCCAUUGUGUGGAUGGUGGUACCAUGGGCUUUGGCUGCUGGUUCCAGCACAAUGGUAAACAGCGAACUCAACAAACUGGGGGAAAGAUUUUUACGUUUAGAGAGAGCUUUCCGAAAAGAAGCAAAUCUGCUGAAGAAAGAAACCAGUCUGCUAAAAAAAGAAAACCAAGAACUUAAGGCAUCCCUUGACAGACUCCAACGUUCCGUAAGUCCCACUUCUGACGACGACUUGACAUCGAAAAGGUCGUCAUCACUGAAAGAUGACAAUGGCAAUAUUGCAUCUGGUACAGGGGCACACAGUACUCUCAUUAGCCCAGUGGCAUGCAGGGGACUCCCGGGCAGAGAUGGUAAAGAUGGAAAAGCAGGCAGAGAUGGGAAACCUGGGGCCGAUGGCAAACCUGGAGCAGAUGGCAAACCUGGGAAAGAUGGAAGAGAUGGUUUUCCAGGCCAAAAUGGAAAAGACGGGCUACAGGGUCCCCCAGGUGCUUCUGUAACAGAUGCCAGAAUCAAGGAACUUAUCAAAAAUCUAGGUUUGCCGGCCAACACAACAGUAGGGGGAGCUGUGUACACAAGAUGGGGGCGGACCACCUGCGGGGCCUUUUCCAAACUUCUUUAUAAAGGCUUCUCAGCUGGCAGCUAUUAUGUAUCUACAGGUGGCGGUAGCAACUACCUAUGCGUGCCUGAAGUACCACAGUGGGGCAAACACAAAAACGGUAUUCAGGGUUCUGCAUUCUUGUAUGGAGUUGAAUAUCAGACGGGAUCCUACAGCAAUGACCCAUUCCUGAAGACAAAUACUGGAGGAAAAGUUUUCUACCACCAUGAUGCAGUUUGUGCUGUUUGCUACACCCAAGGUCGCCCCAGCCACGUUAUGAUUCCGGCCUGGAAAACGUGUCCCGCUGAGUGGACACGAGAAUACCAUGGCUACUUGGUUGCCCAACAUUCAAAUUUCUAUAGACAAGAAUUCGUCUGUUUAGAUGAAGCUCCAGAGACUAUUCCAGGAAGUUCGGCCUAUGUAAACGGGGCCCAUUUUUACACCGUUGAAGCUGUAUGUGGUGCACUACCCUGCUCUAAUUAUGUCAAUGGCUGGGAGGUGACAUGUGUCGUGUGUUCUAAGUGAGAGAGAGAGAGAGAAAAAGAGAGAGAGAGAGUAUGUGUGUGUGUAUGUGUGUAUGUGUGUUUG